GAAUUGAAAGUGGUAAAAAGAACAAAAAAGUGGCUGAAAAAUAUGGCCUUCCGGCGAACACGGUUUCUACAAUUUUAAAAAACAAAGAGUCAAUAAUAACGUCGUUCGAAACUGGUGCUACUUCUGGACACAACAAAACAAUGAAAAAUGUGAACAAAACUCUAUUCGAAUGGUUUACGGCAGCUAUAAAUCAAAACAUGCCAAUAUCCGGGGCAUUAUUAAAGGGCAAAGCAAUGGAGUUUGCAAAGCGAUUUGGCGAUGAAAAUUUCAAGGCAAGCAAAAGUUUUCUUGAUAAAUGGAAGCAGAAGCAUUCCGUGAGCCAUAAAAAGGUGUGUUGUGAGAGUAAUGACGUUCUCGACGAAGACUGCGAGGAAUGGAAAACUACAAUUCUGCCAAUUUUACUAGAAAAGUACAAUGAAUGCAAUAUUUUUAACGCAUAUGAAACGGAUUUCGUAUUUCAGUGCAAUGGAAAGUGAUUAUGAGGGCUGCGUGGAUGAAAUUAUUCACCAGCCUUCAAAUGAUGAUGUUAGAGAUUGCUUCAGAUGUUUGAAUUUAUAGUUGCAAACGAAUGACACUACCACUGACGAUCACUAUAAGGCUUUGAACAAAUUAUAAUAUCUUUUUACUGAAAACUCGAAAAGGAAAGUAGGAUUUCAGUCACUCAUUUCUGAUUACUUUAAUUCGUUGUAACUUUUACAUGUGAACUUGGUUUGGAAUUGAUAAAUGUGUUCAUUAUUUAAGAUGUAUCUUACAUAAUUGUGGUUUCUUAAAAAAAACAAUAAUAUUCUAUAACUUGGAAGUCUCCAUAAGUCGAACAUUUUGAUUGGAUACUGAUAAUUCCAGUUAUAGAAGUUCGACUGUAGUUCUUUAGUUCAUUCAGUUCAUUUAGUUUAAUUGACGAAUCAUCAUAUUAUUAUCAUACAUAUUACACACAAAACCAGGGUCGGCAAUGUUUGAAACAUUUGUUUGAAAUUUGUUUAUUAUUACAAACAAAAAUGUCACACCCAUAAAUAUUAUACACAUAAAUAACAUAAUUGAAUAGUAACACGGAACCAACAACUUUGUGAGGGUUAUAAUCCCUAAGCGCGGCCGAAGGCCGCCUACGCAGGAAGGUGUUCUCGGACAAAGGUAUUCAUCCCCUUUUCUUUGCAAAAUAGAAAGAGAAUGCUACUUAGUGAUAGUUAUAGUCCCUAAGUGCGGCCGAAGGCUGCCUACGCAGGAAGGUGUUCUAUGCAA